UAACACAACAUGCAAACACUACACAGCAAAAUGACAUCUUCCUCAACACCAUUGUUGUACCUCUGCCUACUGCUGGUGUUGUGCCUUCUUCUCUUGGAAGAAGCACAUGCGGCGCGGCAUGGAGGGAUCUCACUGAGGUCUCAACAAAUGUCCCUCCUCCACUGGAAGGCUACACUUAGAAGCCCGCCACUGCUGAUGAGCUCUUGGCAGGAAAACACCAGCCCAUGCAACUGGACCGGCAUCAUGUGCACGGCUGUUCACCAUGGCCGCCACAUGCCCUGGGUGGUGACAAUAUCUCCAUGCCGGAUGCUGGCAUCCAUGGCCAGCUUGGUGAGCUCAACUUCUCGGCUCUUCCAUUCCUUGCAUAUAUCGACCUUCAUAACAACAGUCUCCAUGGUACACUACCUAUCAAUAUCAGCUCCCUGUCAGCACUUUCCCAACUUAACCUUCACCACAACCAGCUCAUAGGAGAAAUUCCUUAUGAGAUUGGUGGGCUGCAAAGUCUCGUGUUGCUUGAGCUAUCAUUUAACAACCCCAUAGGACAUCUCCCUGCAUCUCUUGGUAACCUAACAAUGUUAGCUUAUCUUGUUAUUCACCAAAACAUGGUAUCAGGACCCAUUCCGGAGGAGAUUGGAAGCCUUGUCAACCUACAAUUUCUACAGCUCAGCAACAGCACCUUAAGCGGCAUGAUACCAAAAACCCUUGGAAAUCUGACCCAACUAAAUACUUUAUACCUAUAUGGUAAUAAGUUUUCAGGACCUAUACCCCAAGAACUAGGCAGGCUAGUUCAUUUGCAAAUUCUUCAUCUUGCUGCAAAUGAAUUUUCAGGUCCAAUUCCAAUCUCUGUAACCAAUCUCACUAAAAUGAACCAACUUUUUCUAUUUGAAAAUCAAAUCACAGGCUCCAUCCCACAGGAAAUUGGCAAUCUCAAUGUGUUGGACGAACUUCUUCUCUACAAAAACCAAAUAACAGGUUCAAUACCCCCACAACUAGGCAACCUCACUCUGCUAAAUGAACUUUUUCUCUAUAAAAAUCAAAUCACAGGCCCAAUACCCUCAGAAUUGGGCAUCUUGCUGAAUCUCCAGGACUUAGAUUUGUCCGAAAAUCAAAUAUCUAGCUCUAUUCCUGACACCUUAGGAAAUAUUACCAAGCUAGUAAUACUAUCCCUCUUUCAAAAUCGGAUAACCGGUUCCAUCCCCCAGGACAUCGGUAAUCUGAUGAACCUUGAAUAUUUAGGCUUGUAUCAGAACCGAAUUUCAGGACCAAUACCAAAAACUUUUGGAAAGUUGCAAAGCAUCCAAAAUCUACACAUCUAUGAUAAUAAACUAUCAGGUUCUCUUCCUCAAGAAUUUGGAGAUCUCAUAAACCUUGUUGAACUUGGGCUGGCCAACAACUCACUUUCAGGACCUUUACCCGCAAACAUAUGUUCAGGAGGCAGACUUCGAUUUCUCCAUGUCUAUUCGAAUAUGUUCAAUGGUUCAAUUCCAAAUAGUUUAAAGACAUGUAAGAGUUUGGUUCGACUCCAACUUCAGGAUAACCAACUGACAGGAGAAAUAUCUCAGCAUUUUGGUGUGUAUCCACAACUCAUAGAAAUGCGCUUGUCAUCAAAUAGACUCUUUGGGAAGAUCCCAGCAAAUCUAUGUGCAUGUACUCAACUAACAGUAUUAACUCUAGGACACAAUAUGUUUACGGGUUCCAUACCCCCAAUCAUUUCUAAAUUGUCAAACCUAGCAGUACUAAGACUUGAUUCUAAUCAUCUCAGCGGUGAAAUUCCACUAGAAAUCUGCACUUUAGCAAAUCUAUAUAUCUUGAACGUGUCAUCGAACCAAUUAUUUGGAUCCAUACCAACACAAGUAGAAAAGCUACGCAAUUUAGGAUACCUUGAUAUAUCUGGGAACAGACUGAGUGGAUUAAUACCUGAUGAAAUAGGGGCAUGCAUGAAACUGCAAUCCUUGAAGAUGAACAACAAUAACUUCAGUGGGAGUUUGCCUGGUGAGAUUGGAAAUUUAGCAGACCUACAGAUCAUGUUAGAUGUGAGCAAGAAUAACCUCAGUGGUGUGUUGCCGCAACAACUUGGGAAGUUGGGGAUGCUAGAAUUUAUGAACUUAUCACAUAAUCAGUUCAACGGCAGCAUUCCAUCCUCCUUUGCAAGCAUGUUGAGCCUUUCAACACUUGAUGUGUCCUUCAACGAUCUGGAAGGACCCAUCCCAACAGGAAGGCUACUCCAAAAUGCUGUAGUAAGUUGGUUUGUUCCCAAUAAAGGUCUGUGCGGUAACCUCUCUGGCCUAUCACCUUGUUAUUCAACUCAAGUAGCUGGUCACCAUAAACGGAAGGUAUUUGGUUUGUUGACAAUUGUUCUUGUGGUGGGUUUCGCCAUUGUUGUUGGGAUUGUUGUCAUAAUAAUGCUUACUUGUAAGAAGAGAAAACCACAAGAAAGUGUUACCGUUGAAGCAAGGGACCUAUUCUCUGUGUGGAAUUUUGAUGGAAGAUUAGCAUUUGACGACAUUGUAAGGGCAACAGAAGACUUCGAUGAUAAGUACAUCAUUGGAACGGGAGGAUAUGGAAAAGUAUAUAAGGCACAACUCCAAGAUGGUCAGCUAGUUGCUGUGAAGAAGCUUCAUCGGACCGAAGAGGAGUUGGACAACGAAAGAAGGUUUCAUAGUGAAAUGGAAAUCUUAUCACAGAUCCGACAACGGAGCAUUGUCAAAAUGUAUGGAUUUUGCUCCCAUCCAGAAUACAAAUUUCUUGUCUACGACUACAUUCAGCAGGGCAGCCUCCAUGGGACACUGGAAAAUGAAGAGCGAGCAAAAGAAUUGGAUUGGCAGAACAGAAUUGCUCUUGCAAAUGACGUGGCUCAAGCAAUAUCUUAUUUACACCACGAGUGCAGUCCACCUAUAAUCCACCGAGAUAUCACGAGCAACAAUAUCUUACUUGAUACAACCUUCAAGGCCUUUGUCUCGGAUUUCGGCACAACGAGGAUUCUUAAGCCCGAUUCAUCAAACUGGAGUGCACUGGCAGGAACAUAUGGCUACAUAGCCCCUGAACUGUCGUACACAUCUGUUGUGACAGAGAAGUGUGAUGUCUAUAGCUUUGGUGUGGUCGUGCUAGAGCUAGUGAUGGGAAAACAUCCAAGGGAUCUCUUAGAUGGUAGUUUGACAAGCGGGGAAGAAGCUAUGCUGGUGAAAGAUAUUCUAGACCAACGGCCGACGACACCAACAACAACAGAAGAGAAUAGCUUGGCUCUGCUCAUCAAGCUGGCAUUUUCUUGUGUCGAAUCUUCUCCACAAACAAGGCCAACCAUGCGGGAGGCAUACCAAACACUCAUUUAGUGACCCUCUUCUAGCUCCUGCCCCGUGCCUUUUAGCUUACUUACAUUACAGCAAGGUAUGCAUGUUGAUAUAUGAUCUGAAUUCUAGUGAGAAGCCAGGGUCUAUCUAAGCGGAAGCCGAUUUAGGUUUCCAUUUUGCCUCAAGCACUCAUAUGCCACCUAUAUAUGUUGAAGUCUGUAAUCCCGUCGUCUUGUCUCAUCCGUUUUAUUUAUAGCAAAAAUAAAAAUUGUUCCAUGCAGCGUGAGCCUGUUCACGACAUGGCCGGAUUAGUACCUGCAUGUUGUUACAAUUGCCUCGGACGAUGGCACGAGUACCGGCCGUAGUGGCUUAGAACUUGAGGCAUGGUCAAGGGACAUGGGAUGGCACGUCCGUGAAGCUUGGUCAUGGCGCAAGAUUAGGAUCUUUUCUGCUAGUAAAUUGAGCUAAUUAGCUAUUUGAAUAAAGAGGAGAACAAAGCAGAAAAGCUGCAACAUUUUGCGCAGCACAAAUAUCCCGAGUGUUCACUGAUUCCUUCUCCCUCCCAUUUCUACUCCAACAAUAUGUACCUCGGGAUGAUUUCAUGACUCAUUAUAAGUCUAUAUGUUUGUAGAUACAGUAAAAGAUCGCCGUAGUGUGCCCGUGGUUUUUCUCGCAAGGGUUUUCCACGUA